AAAGCACUCUCUCUAAAUCCACACCAUGUGUUUGUGAAGGGCAUUCUUAACCUUUUAUGUCCCAUCCUUUUUGAGUGUUAGAAACCAGAUUACUAGGACCCACCUUCAUUACCUUCUCCUUGUCUUUGCAUAUAUAUCACCACUGCAUCUUCUAUAUCUCUGAUAAACCCUCAACAUUAACAAAAAUCCUAGGUCAUAACCCCACCUUCUUUCUUUCUUUAUUUUACCCUUUAUUUCUUUUUCUUUUCUUUUUUUUUCCUUCUCCCUCUUUUGUCCAAGAAAUAAGAGAUAAAAGAAUAUAAUAUCAAGAAAUGAAAGGGUCUUCCAAGAUCAAAAUCAUUGGCUCAACAAAUUCAAGAACCAUGGAUCUUUCAGAUCUCUUAACAUCUCUUGAACCCACAAAAACCAACAGUACUGCUACCGAUACUCAUCAAGAAACCAAGAAAAUCAAGUGCAGUGAUGCUAAAACCGACCCCACCACCACCACCACCAACAACAACAACACCAAUAAUAUCAAAGAUUCAUUCCUUGGAUUACAAGAAGAUCAAGGAAGGUAUAAAGAAGAGAUGUUUGGUAUGAAGUUGAAAAGGAACUCUUCAGUUUCCUCAGCUUCAGCUUCUUCUGUACUUCAUUCAGUAAAGAAAGCAUUCUCCAUGAGAAGAUCUUCAUCAGUUACUGAAAGGUAUUGUAGAAUCCAUGACCAAUCUGUCACUCUGCAAUCACCAACACAUGAUGGUCAUUAUGAUGAUGAUCAUGCUGAUGCCGAUCAUGAUGAUGAUGAUGGUGAUACAAAAACAACAAGAUCUAUGAAGCAAAAGAAUAGCAGAGGCAGAAUCUUUAAAGCAUGUAAGAAACUUUUUGGACUCUAGUUUUGUCCAUUUUCAUUAGUAUAUUUUUCACUACUGCUGCUACUGUAAUGGGUUGUUAUUCCUUUUUCCAUUAUGGAGUUGUAUUAUUACUAUGGAGUACUUUAAGAAGAAAAGACAAAGUAAAAAAAUUUUGCAUAGCUGCUGUAAUGAUCAUUAAUCUGUGAAAUAGUGAUGAUCCAAGUAGAUUUAUAGAUCUACUUAAUGUGUUUUUGUGGUGCAAUAGGGCAAGAGUACCUUAUUUUGA